AUGCAUGUGUGUAUUGUUGGGAGCCGCAAGCAUUUCGGUGAACUUCAGGUCACGGCGCAGCCUGACAAAUGGCAGGAAGUUCGGGACUUGGGCCUGACAUUUUUUGCACAAAGGCCCUACAGCCCAGCCAGGGCCUGCGGGCAGGGGGCGGUCUGGUGCCGGGAAUCACCCCAGCUGCCGAGCCUUCCGGCGCUCACGCUCACAUCCCCCCCUCCCCUCCGCCCCGAGCCGGGGCCGCCCGCCCGGAGCCCGGAGCCCGGAGCCCGGAGCCCGGAGCCGGGAGCCGGGAGCCGGCCGCGCUCCCCCGCCCGCCGCGCGCCAGGGCGGAGUUUCCUCCUCGGCUCAUUGUUCUCCGCCCAGCGCCGCCCCGCCCGCGCGCUCCUGGGGAAGGGAAGGGGAGGGGGCGGGGGCCGGCGCGGACGGGACCGGAGUCGCCGCAGCCGCGGGCCGGGCCGCAGCCGCGCAGACACCGCCUGCGACGCAGCCGCCUGCCGCUCCUCUGCCGCCUGGCUCGGCGCCUCGGCCGGCUCUGCCGCAGCGGCCGCGAGGAGGGGCCACCGGGGCGCGACUCGGGACGCUCGGGCCACCGCCCGGCCGUCGGAGCCACUGCCAGGCCUCCCGGAGAGGCGCCCGCAAGCUCCCGCCGCCCGGACCCUUGGCCAAGCCCGCAGCCACCUGCUCCGCGCCCGCGCCCAGGACACGAUGCGCUCCGCGCUGGUGCUCUCGGCUUUUUUGCUGCCGCUGCCGCUGCUGCUCUCCGGAGAUGCCAUAGGAACGCAAACCAACAAAGAUGUCAACUUAAGCACCGAGGAACAGAAAGAAUCCAAUGAAGCCAAUUCAGAUCCAGCCACAGGCAAAAAAAGUGCAGCUCCGACAUCCACUGCGACACCCACUGCGACACCCACUGCGACACCCACUGCGACACCCACUGCGACUAUAGCGCUGACCAGCGUACCCGUGUCUGAAACAUCUGUCACAAGUGUGAUGUCAAACUCAGCCCAGCAAAGCCCAACUGCCGCAGCCAGGAGCACCUCUCUUGUGGCUGCUAAAGAUCCUACAACCACAUCAACCACCGUCCCAACAAAUCCUGAAAGCACGAGCAGCCGGAAUGCAAGUAAUGCAAGUAAUGCAAGUAAUGAUUCACCCACAUCCGGAAUCCCAGGUACCCACAGCGUGACCACAGCCGGCGGGACCACUACGAAAGGCAGUCAGACAGUCUCCACCUCUCCAGAUCCGAAUAGCACCCCGAGCAGCUCUCCUACCCUGUCUUCCUCAACCAGCCUCGCAGGCGCUCAGCAGCCUAGCGGCAGCCCUGUGACUCCAGCCUCUGGGCGUCCACAGCCCGCAGGGAGCUCUCCUGCGGAAUCAGACAAAAUGACUGUAACUGCGAGUUUAGGCAGGAAGACAAGUCCCACCUUCACAGCCCAGCUGACCACACCGAAAACACAGGUCACCAUUGAAGGAACUCAGCACACCUCCAGGGAGACGCCAGCUGUCACCAUCACCACUGGAGUUCAGCAUCCCACAGGCUCUUCACUGGGACCUGGGACCACAUCUUUGGUCAGGAGAUCCACCAUCUCCAGCACUCAGUUGACAUCAAAUGUCCCCCAAAGCUCCAGCACCCGUUCUCCCACCUCAGUAAUUCCAACAAAUAUAGGGCAGAUCCAGUGCCGUCCUCCUGAAAAGCUGAAUGAGAGCAAACUCUCCCUGAACAUCUCGGGAGCCAACAGUUGUAACACAGUCGCUUCGAAUCACAAACUGGUCGAGGUGUUGUGCCAAGCAGUAAAACCCUCCUUCAACAAAACUCAAGAUCAGUGCUAUAUAGAGAUGGCUCCUGGUUCACAUGCCCAGGAAGUGGACAUCAAACACAUUACCAUCAUCACAAAGCUCCAUCCCACGGACGUUUAUAAAUUGCUGAAAGACAACUGGGACAAACUAGAAGACGUGGGAGUCAGAGACAUGCAGUUUGAUGGGCAAGGACCACCAGAAGAGAUGGAGGACCGGUUCAGCAUGCCUCUGAUCAUCACUAUUGUCUGCAUGGCAUCCUUCUUGCUCCUGGUGGCGGCCCUCUAUGCCUGCUGCCACCAGCGCCUCUCCCAUAGGAAGGACCAGCAACGACUAACAGAGGAGCUACAGACGGUGGAGAAUGGUUACCAUGACAACCCGACACUGGAGGUGAUGGAGACCUCCUCAGAGAUGCAGGAGAAGAAGGUGGCGAACCUCAACGGGGAGCUGGGGGACAGCUGGAUCGUGCCUCUGGACAAUCUGACCAAAGACGACCUCGAAGAGGAAGACACACACCUCUAACCGGGGCUGCUGGCCGUCUCCGACGGUGCAGAGCUCCAGCCCAGCCACCUCAAGUGCCAUUUGUAAGGGGAGGAGGAAGAUCCUUCCCCUUAGAGGGAAGACUGGGGAAGGAGAGCAGACUCGGCGGGUCCCCUCCUCCCAGUCCCCACAGGCCUUAAUUUUUCCCUUUUCAAUCUGAACAAAUCACAUUCUGUGUAGAAUCCUCUUGUAGAAUAACCCACUAGUGCCUGAGCGCAGUGCUGCUGGGAGAACAGGAAAGAGCCAUAGAAGGAACUUUUCGAGACCAUCUACUAGCCUCCAUUCACAGACGAGAUGACCGAGGCCUAAAGAGGGUAAAGUCAAGGUCACACAGUGACUGGGUGACACGUCGGAAUGAAAACAGAGAUCCUUCAUUCAGGCCAGUGCCCAUUCCCACGACACCACGCUGCUGGCAUCACCCGUGCCCUCCCUCCAGAGCUAGCCCGAGCAGGGGCAGAAGCUGCCCAUCAGUGGGUGGGCUGGGGGCAGAACGGGGCUGGAUCCUGCCUCUGCAGGGUCUGGCUCCUUGAAAGGACAGGUCCCGUUCCUGUCUCAUCUGCCGGCCUCGUCUGCCUGCCUGUGUUCCUGUCCUUUGCUCUCCCUCCCUUCAUUCAGUUUUUUCAUCCCCACUCUGUUCCAGGGCCUCUGGGACUAACAGAGGUCAUUCAUGACCUUCAGUCUCGAUUCUGGAGUCUAGUUUCCUGGCAUCUUCUUAUGAGAUCGGCACUGAGAGAGCACACUAGUCUCCCCCUGUGAACAUGUCUGCCCACCAGCCAGCUACAGACGAAGAGAGAAAGGGAAGCCCCUCUUUCCAGGAUGGGUCCCCACCUACCCCCAGGGCUCCCCAGUGCUGCCUGGCCUCCCCGUCCCACAGGGACUAAAAUCUGCAGCAGCUACUGAUGGCAAGAUGCUUCCUGUUUCAUUGUCGUUGCUCAGCCGAUGCAAUAGAGAGGAGAUCCCAGCUCAGUCUUCCCCUCUGAGGUUCAGCGUGAAUGAGCAGCUUUGGGACAGAGCUUCCUCAGGCCCAGUCAGCAGAGAGGUGUCUGAUCAGACAAUCGACUGGAGCAGCAGGAAGGACAGGCUUUACUUUUCCAUCUCACAGGACACUCAGGGGCUUUGCAAGUUGUUGAGUUUUCUCUUUUAAUCCAGCCCUCUACUGCCAAAGGCCAAAGCUCAAAUCAUUGAGAUGUUUGAAGAUUCCAGUCUUCUGUGCACAGGGCAAGAAGAGCCUGGAGGGGAGGUGCCCUUCACGCUGCGUAAGGAGCAGCCAGCCCAAGUAGAAUCCCAGCGACCUUUCACUGUCAGGCAUGGAGCUAGGCCAUGCCGUGUGCCCUCCUCGGUAUUCCUAGUGGGCUGGCUGCCCGGCGCUCCUGCAGGUUCUGGUGGCAUCUCAGGGAAGCACAGUGCCGACUGUUGCCCAGUGGAGGGGUUUGGAGGGAGCUUAGCAGGUGUCAGCUACACAGACGGCACCUGAGGACUGAGCACAGCGAGCUUUCACCUGAUUUUCUGAGGAGAGGGAAUUCUGCGUGGAAUUUUGAACUCUGCCCACAGUCUCUCUGUUGCUAGGCAUAAUGCUCCUAGAUCUACUAGGAAGAUGCUUCGGAGAAUGAAAACGGUCACUUGGCCUAGGCUGCAAUAGGUCUGAUAGAAUAGGCUCUCUGCUUUGGGAUGUUAUUUUUUUUAAAGGAGAGGAUCUUCGGGGGACAAUCUGUGUCUUUCCUUGGCCUAAUUCCCUCUUCAUAGUCUUUAGCCAUUUGAUACCAAGGGUAAGAGGAAGGCCAGUGGUUCAAGUAGGGCCCCCAGUGAGUUUCCCACAAGCUAGAAAGAUGGUAAGGUAACAAAGAUCCUGAAGUAUUUGCCCUGAUUCUUCCGUUUGGAGGCUGGCAGGAUGGAGAAUACCCAGUUUGGGGGGAAAUAGAGGAAAAUGCUGUCUUACUGGGAAAAGACCUGUUUGCUUCUUUCCUACCCAGCAUUUGGCUCUUUCUACCCAGUGGGUUUCUAUCAUGGCCACUGUGGGAGAGGCCAGCCUGGAUUACUCCUUUGCUGAUUCUGGGUCUCAUUCCACCAGCCAGGUUUAGACAGAGAGAGCAAAUACAUUCUGGAAGCCAAUCAAAGGCCAUAACCCACAGGCCUCUUGGGGAGCGAGAAGGUGACUGGCAAGGACCAGAGAGUAAAAAUGAGGCUUGGUCAAGAGGAAUGACUGUGGCUCUGUCCAGAGACAGCCUUGACAAGCUCUGGGCUGGUUCAGAGGCUCCUUUGGGUGCAUCUGAACUGUAUUCUUCUAGCCUUCUGGGCAACUUGCCCUGGCUUGCUCUUGCCACUAGACACCUAUGUCAAAGACCACAUUGCUGUGCAUCUGUGUGGUCAUCAUCUUCCCACAUCUUUGCUGGUCUCUGAUGCUAUCUGGUUAAUUCAGAUUCUGGGGCUGAGAAAAGAAAAGAAAGCUGAGAACUCAGCAUUGACUUGAAACAAUCUGUGCCAGAGAGAUUAUAAACUCUUUUAUUUCGGUGGCACACUGGUUUCCCUAAACUUCAUAAAAGGCCAGAAACCCAUGAAUCUGAUGACUGGACGAAAGCCAGGGGGAAGCACAGUCAUGUCAGUGGGGAGAGACACAGCAAUGCUUAUGAAGGGGGUCACAGAAUAUUCUUUUGUGUCAUAGGACAAGAUACAUGUUUAAUCGUCUAGAUGCUUGAUAAGGAAAGCUAGCAGAAAGUUUAUUUAAAUCACUUUUUGAGCUUUUUAUCUUUUUGACAAUAUACUGGAGAAACUUUGAAAAACCAGUUCCAGCUCAUACAUAUAUAUGUAUUUUUUGAAAAUCUAAAUACAGCAGCCACAUGUUAAUCCACCCUGCACUGCUUUGAGUGAAUAUACUUCGAAAAAAACCUUUGUUAAGAGAGGCUUUUUUCCCUCUCAACAGGAAUGUAAAUGUCUAUUUUACUAGAAAUAACAAGCUUUUGUUUUUCUUUAAUGAAAAAUGAAAUACGAGACAGGCUGAUGAUGAAGUAUUUGUCUUCUAGACUGGGCAUUUUUAUUUUUAAAUAUGGUCCUCAUCCCCUCCCCGUAAAGUCCCAGCAUGUUACAAUAAGGGUUGUAGUCAAUAUGCACUGGUUGGGAAGAGACUCUCUAGUCAUAGAGGGGUCUUAGAACCCAAUCCAAUCUUUAUUUUUUCAAGAGAAGAAGAGUCUCAAGCCCAGAAAGAUACAGUGGCCUGGCGAAACUCACGUAUUUAGUGACAGAAAACAGGCUAAAAACCUGGACUGGAAGACUGUCCAGUGCUCUGUGCCUCAGGAAGAAACCAACAAAUUAAGGGGAGUGAUACCAAGGACAGAUCUGCAGCAAGGGCAGGGAGAGCAUGAAGACAAAAACAGGAACCUUACUGGUCUGUGGCUUAUUUAGGUCUAAGACUUACAUGAGCAAUUUUGUUCUCCCAAGAAUAGUUUUGAAUAGUUUCUACAUAUAGGACUAAGGAUCAAAGGGAACAAGAUGGGAAGGCAGAGGGGGCAAGAGUAAAGCAAUGGCUUUCAUCACUGUCCAGCUGAUUAACUCAGGUCUGGUGAAAACCCUACCCUGAGUCAAAGGAGGGGAUUACUAUUUGCUCCACGUCUUUUUGAAAAAAUUAGUGAAUGUUAAAAAGAGUUUGCUCAGGAGACUAGGGGAGCUGUGUCUUAGUGGACAGGGGUCUAAAGUACACUGGAAUUUACUGAGAAACUUGUUUGUAAAGAUUAUUACUUAUUGCCAUUUUCUUACAAAAGUGUAUUUUGGAAAGUUGUAUACUGUCAAUUAAACUGCUUUUGUCUAAGCU